CACUAUUCAACCCUUCAUAUCUACGGAGAGUUACAAUUUUGCUGAAGCAGUGAAGAAAAGGUUGCUGGUAUCGGAAAGGUUUAGUGAUAGAAGAAUCCCUGCUUUGACAAGAUACAAAACCUUACAAAGCGCUGGCGUCUUAGACGUAACCAACAACCGUACCAUUCCAUGGCUCCUGGACAAACUGAGAUCUGUCAUGAACAAAUACAAAUUCAACGCUUUCUACGUCGACUUAGGGUCAGCCUACGACAUGCCCCAUUACUACCAGUGCGAAAAACCGCUGGUCAACCCUGACCAGUACAAGAGCAUGUUCGUCAACAGCAUCCAGAACUCUAUCAGCAUUUUCGGAGUGAGCGAUGCAAUAGAGAGACCCAGGUCGCCUAGUUUCGUGGCUUUGCCAAGGUUCGAGUCAAGCUGGGACGGGUUGCGUAGGGUUAUACCUACGAUACUGACGUAUGGAAUUAUCGGAUAUCCCUUCCUCAUUCCUGGUGCUGUUGGUGGAGACUACGCCUCAAUUGACACUGUCAUCGGUCAAGUUAAUGGCAGCAUCCACGGCCUACCCGACCAAGAACUCUACAUCAGAUGGCUGCAACUCUCAGCAUUUCUACCGGUGGUCAGGUUCAACAGAUUGCCCAAUAGUUAUGGAGAUAAAAAAGUGUUGGACAGCGCUAUUAGUUUAGCUCUUCUCAGACAAAAUCGAGUAAACAAAGCAGUUAUUAUAAGUGCUACAUACUUUAAGCAAAAAAGUGUCUGUGUCCACCAGGGUCCACUGGACAUGCGUAUGGCUGGUAAAACUCAGAGGAUACGUCAACUGCCCGAAACCAACGUGGUUAAAAACCCGGGUAGGGUCGGAAGACCACGGAAAACGGAGGCUAAGAAGAAACCCAGCACCACCAAAGACCAAGUUCCGAUCAAUCCUCAACCUACGCAGCAAAUUAUCCCUCAGAUUCAAGUGCGCAAAGUGAGGGACAGAUCUCAGAGUUUAUCCUCUAGCACAGUCUCCAGACAACAAACAGCUACACCGACCGAUACCAGCGCCUUUAUGAACCAACUAAACGCACUACAGAAACCAAGAAACAUGAAGACGAGGAGGAUAGCCCAGGCGGAAGACGACCCAGAACUUAACAAGAACAUUAAGCUGGCCGCCAUUCUCAAGGAUAUCUUGAAGGUCAUUACCACCGCUAAAGACGACAAGGAUAAUCUCCUCAGCACAAACUUGAUGCAGCUUCCGUCCAAGAGAAAAGUUGCUGAAUUUUACCAGCGGGUUAGCGAUCCUAUAGAUCUGAGUACCAUUGAGCAAAAUAUCGCUACGGGGGUUUACAGAACUGCUCAGGCCUUCGACGAGGAUAUGAAUAAGUUAUUUACAGGAUUUUCUAAGUUCUAUGAUCGUACUACCGACACUGGCAUCGCCACUACUAAACUGAAGAAGAUCUACGUCGAGACCAAACAACAAAGCCUAGCUAAGUUCGAGGAUGUUCUGGGUGAAAAACCGCCACCAGCAUUUGUUAACAACAAAAAGAAAAAUGAGGAGGAAGAUAUAAUCCGUUGUAUCUGCGGGAUUCCCAGAGAUGAGGGCUUAAUGAUUCAAUGUGAAAGGUGUAUGGUGUGGCAACAUAUCGAAUGUGUCAAAGCUGACGCAUCUGUGGCGAGCUACCAUUGCGAAAUAUGCGUCCCCAGGCAGGUGGACUACGAGAUACCAAUGGACGAAUUUACGGAGCAUGGCCACAGGUACUACAUGACACUGAUGAGAGGUGACUUGCAACUACGUCAAGGUGACACUGUCUAUGUACUCAGAGAUAUACCCAUACCGGGUACCGAUAAGAAACACACGUACGACACCAUCGGCAAGAUAGAAUACUCGGAACUGGACAUUUUCCGAGUAGAGAGGCUGUGGAAGGACAAGGACAGUGGGAGGAGGUUUGCUUAUGGUCAUCACUAUCUCAGGCCGCACGAGACCUUCCACGAACCAACAAGAAAGUUCUUUCCAAACGAGGUUAUGCGCGUACCUCUCUACGAAGCAGUACCGGUAGAACUAGUAAUGGAGCACUGCUGGGUCAUGGACAUUAACACGUUCUGUAAAGGAAGACCCAUAGGUUCACAAGAACAGCACGUGUAUAUCUGCGAAUACCGUGUGGAUAAAGGGGCCAAAAUGUUCAGUAAAACAUCUAAAAGCAAGUUUCCGAUUUGUACUAAGAGUUUCGCAUUUGAACCUUUCGAAACUCGUCUGAAGAUAUCACGGACGUACUGUCCGCACGAUGUCGACGCUACUCUCAUGAAGAACUACGUGGGUCGCAAGAAGGACGACAAAGACAAGGGCACGUCGAAAGAGUCAUCGCAUUUGGGUAUGAUACAUUCGCAGCCUAACCCACCAAUCCAAAGGACUCCAGCUGAACAAAAAACUCGACUCAACAAAAUCUUAUUGAACCUUUUAAGCAAAAUGCCAACGAAACAGGUACUGGACGUGUCUUACUUAUUGGAAGGGGGCAGAAGGAGGAAAAAACAGGAUGCGAAGUAGUGAUGAUAAGCCUGGUUAUCGGUGAGAAUCCCUAAAUCACUAAAAUCUAUUUAUUCUGACAAUUAUUUGUUUGAGGGACAUAUUAUAUGGAUAAAAAUUUGACAUAAGAUCAAAAAAAGUAACAAAUUUAAAUGAUUUAGGGGUUUUGCACCGCAGGAACAAUAAUUAGAUAUAUUUGGGUGAUAUUUUGAAGAUAUUUCUUCAGCAAGAAGAAAAAAAUAGUAUUUUUAUCAAGUGUUGUUAAGGUCGAACGCGAAGUGAGAUGUUAGUAAAAGGUUUAUCAAGUUUAGUUGUUUUCAAAUUAUUGUAAAGGACUUCUUGCUUUUUUAAAAGGAAAAAAAAUAGUCUCUGAAACUCGUUGUUCAUAUUGCAUUAUUAUUUUUUUGAUGUGUAUUUUUAUAUGUUUUUUUAUUUCAAUUUUAACAGUGCCCAGUGAAUUGUUAGUGUCAUAAGUUGAUAAAGAAACUAAUAUAAAAAGUAUUUAAUUCUAUAUUGUCUAAAAAAGAUUAUUAUUAAACAAUUAAAAUAUGAUCUUAGAUCAUUAUAGUAGGUCUAUAGACACAAGUAUUUUGUGAGUAAAUUUUGUCAUUUUCUUUUCUAAAAAACACCAAGCUGAACUGAAGCUUUUUAUAUUCUGUUACUCAGUAUACAGCAUGAUCGAUAAAAUAAACGGCGUUAAGUUGCCUUGGAAAUGACAAUUGAUGACAUUGUUCAAAUAAAAUGACAGCGAUCUUCAUUUCCAAGCCACCUCUGACGCCGUUCAGGCGAGUCUAACAAUUAUGCCUUUCAAAAAAUCUGAGAAACAAGUACAGACUUAAUAAAAAUACAAAUCGCUGAAAAUAUUCGAGAUUGUAAAGUUUUCUCAAAAGAAAAAUAUUUGUGAGACAGAAUCUCCAAUUAUUUAACUGUAUCUGUAUUGUUUUCACGUUAUUAUACAAUGUAUGCCAAAAAGUUUAUGCAGAAAAAAAUCAGCAUAUUUAAAGUCGAUUUUUUUUAAAAAAUAUUUUUUUGAAACUUGUAUUUUUUUAUUCUCUGUGCAUGUUUAAAAAUUCUGAAGAACUCUUUUUGUCAUUUUCACUCAGAAUAGAAAAUGCUAUUUUUUUCAAACAUUCACAAGUAAUUUUUUAAACAUUUCAAAAGUUGCAAAUAAGAUUUAAAAGUAAUACCUAACUAAUAUAUAUCGAGAAACUAUGGCUACACUCUUUGAAUUUGGCACUUUAUGUCAGUUUAAUAAUAUGUUUUCGUAUUUUUAUGCUUAGACUUUUUUAUAUUGUCAAUCACAUCGCAAAAAUUAAUACCUUUGUUAAGUUUGAAAAAAAAAUGCUUUGGUUAUGGUUGACAGAUAAGCAGUUGUCUACCGAUUGGUUGAAAACUGACGUUUAAACCAUUGUUUAUCUGUCUAAGAUCCUAACUUUACCAACGCGACAGAUAAGGGGUUCUUCGUUCAACACGGCAGUAUAUUCCCAAUUUUUCAUAUUAGGUAAAAAAAUAAAGAUAUUUUUUAUGUUAAUAUGAACAACGAUUUUCAACUGAAGAAAUAGCUAGUCAGUAUUGUUAAUUAUGAGGCUUUCUCUCGAUCGUUUUUAUUUAUUUGUAAAUAUAUAAUCGACAAAAAAUGUUGUUGCAGUUAUAAUAUAAAUAACUAAUCCAUUGGUUCAGGUGUUUUUUUAUUAAUUUAUGACGGAUUUUCCUGUUAUAAUAUCUGAAUUUGUUGCAUCGUAUAUUAUAUGUUAGUUAACGCUGCAUUUUACAAAGCAGAGGUACAAAACUUUUUACAUUUGUCUUUUUAAAACGCUAUUUAUUGAACACGUUAAUUUUUAUUAUUCUACACUAAUACUCGUUUGUGUGUGUAAAUAUAUAUUUUUGCGUAAGGUUUUUUUAAUUAUUUAUUUUCUUUAUUUUGUAAAUUAUUGAAAAAAUUGAUCUUGCCUGUUUAGAAAGUAAGGUUAGAUUAUUCUCACAUUAAUAUUGUAUUGAUAAUAUUAUUAAUGUUUAUAUCUCACAUUAAAGAAAUAUUGUUAUAUUUUCUAGA